GACGGAAGGGAAGAGCGAGACAGGAGGAAGGUAGGGGAGCAAGGAAGAGAGGGCUGCAGGACGACGGGUGGUCCUGACAGCGAACGCUGGACGAGAAAGAGAGAGAGAGAGAGAGAGAGGGAGACCGACCGUUCUGGAUAAGCGGGCAUUAAUAACCGAGGGUCUCGUAUGUAAUUGGCACGUUAAGACGAGCUUUUUGUUGGAAGUGAAAGAAAGUAAAAUCUCUCUUUGCUUACUUCUUCGAAAGCUUGUCCUCGGUGUUGGAUAUAUCCUCUUGGUCCAACCCUUGGUCAAGGCUGAUACCGCGGCGAUGAGCUACAAUCCUAUUCCCCGGCUCGCUCGUGAGUGCACGAAUACAAUCGGGGAGUACCGUCAUCGCGGUGGUCACUGACCACCCUGACGCAACUUCCUGUGUCCCCGUGAUCGGUCAAGGAGGAAUUUCCUGGUCGCUCACUCCUCGACGACGGAGCGACGUCGAAGCAUCCCGGCGAAAAUCCUCGCGGUCGUCGUCCACCCGCGUGAUGAGGGCCUAGCGUUCGACACCGUGGGUCAUCGUGGGUCGUCGUCAGCGCCGGGCGUGCAAGAAGGGACGGCGGCGCACCGGCGGAAGCCCGGAUAGUAGGAGGAGGAGGAGGAAGCACCCGACAACAUGGCCGCCGCCUGCUACGAGAAGGAAGUGGUGAUAGGCGCCGCCGUGCACCACGGACACGGCCACCAUCACCAUCAUCAUCACCAUCAUCAUCAUCAUCACCAUCAUCAUCCCGGCGGCGGUGCCGUCGGUGCGUCAUCCGGGGUCACCGGGCAGACGGUGCUACCGGCGACGUCGACCGGUCUCGACGACGCCACCGUCGUCGCGGCCGCCACCACCUCCGGCACGAACUCGUCGUCGACGACGGUCGUGAACCCGGCGACGACGAACGCCGUCGCGGCUACGGCGGCAGCCGCGGUCGCCACCGCGACCGCCGCCGUGGCGAUCAACAAUUACAAGGAGUACAAGGAUUACUCGCAGCCGCUCCACGUGGACUGCAGCGUCGAGUACGAGCUGCCGAGUCAGGCGAAACCGCCGCCCGGCGGCGGCGAGCCUCUCCUGAUGAUCCAUCCGUGUUACUAUCGGCGCGCCGAGCGCGAGAGACGGAGCCCCUUCGUCAAUAAUCUGCCGCCGCCGGCGGCACCCACGACGGCGCCGAUGUCCUCCCGCAGAAGCGGUCGCAGGAGCAACGCCGCGACGGUAUCCGCGACCACCGCGGCGGUCACGGUCGCGACCGCGGCGAUCGCGGUCGCCGCUGCGUCUACCUCGACGACGACGACGGUCGUACCACCGUCGAACAAUAACAAUAACAACAGCAACGUCGUUUCCACCAACGUCGUGUCCACCUCGGUCGUGUCGCCGGCGACGUCGAUCGCGUCGUCCUCGGCGGUCGCCGCGGCGGUCGUGGCCGCUGCGGAUACCGGGACCGGUCUGCUAUCCACGACCCACGGCCAGAUGUCAGCUGUCACCAUGGCGGCCUCGUAUCGCGCGGCGCUCAACGUCGCGGCGACCUUGUCCCAGCAACAGCAGCAACAACCGUCUCAGCGGCGACAUCAUUCCCAGCAACAGCAACAACCGAGUCAUCAUCAUCAUCAUCACCAUCAUCGGACUCACGCGCGCGUUCAUCAUCAUCAGCAACAGCAACAGCCGCAUCACCAGCAACAGCAGCAACAGCAACAGAGGCCGGUGACGCCGACGCUUCCGGCUUCCAGCGCGGCCGAUCUCAUCUCCGCGGAUGAGAAAGCAGUUAUAUCAGGUAUUUAUCAGCAUUACUUCCGCGCCAUGCGCGCCCACAAUCACCAGCAUCGCCAGCAACAGCAGCAACAGCAGCAGCAUCGCGCCCACCAGCUCCAUCAUCAGCCUCACCAAAGCGACCGUAGUUUCUCUUCGUCGUCGGUCACGUCGCCAACGUCCGCGUCGAUCUCCGGUAUCCUACGGCAGUCCUAUCAGCAGGCGUACAGCAAUAUUGCUGCCGCGAGCUCGAGCUCCAGCAAUCAUCAUCGCGCCGGUACCGCGGCGGUCGUUCAUCAUCCUUACAGGCGGCCGUCGGCGACGUUGCUGUCGCGGGCGGCCUCGCAUAUCGGUCAGCAGGCCUCCUCCACUUCCUCCAUCACCUCCUCCUCGUCCAUAUUCGGUGCUUCCAACGGCGUCUCCGCCGCGGCCGGCGUAUCCAGCGUUUACGCCAGCACGAUACACAGGCAUCAUCACGCGACCUCGCUUCACGCCCUUCAAACCGCCGCCGCCUUCUACGAGACGCCGAGCUAUCACGCUCUCCUGCCCCAAAGUUAGACGAUGGUCAAGUGUGGUUUGGCGAUGCUUUGGCUCUCCCUCGUGUUUAAACAACCUGCAACUAUAGCAAUAGCGAUCGUGAUUGCGCUGUUAUCCUGAGUCCAAGCGAAAAUGGAUUCUUCUCCGAUUCUACCCUCUCUCCGUCUCGUUUCCGAAUCCAGACAGUAUCGUGUCCAAAAUUGACAUCACAUCUUUCAGGUGUCUUUUGAAUAUCAUAUUAUAAGAUUUCAUAAAGGUGUCUUAUGACAACGUCAAUUUUGAAUACAGUGCUGUCUGGGGUACCCUAAUAGCAUAACGUAUCCGCAAGAUAUUUAGAAGAUAUCCUCAUUCUCAGGAUGUUCUCUGAACGUCUUCGGGAUAUGUGUGCCGUUAGGAUAAUUACGGAUGUUCCAUGGAAAUUGAUUAAAUCAAGACGACGAGAGAGAAGGUAAAGUCGGGAGACGCAAAAGUUCCAAAGGUUCCCAUUUUUAGACGACUUUACCAGGUAGAUUUCAAGUAGGGCUGCGCGUUUGCGACUCGUUAUAGUAUCGCGAAGAAGACGAAGAUGCUAAGUGUGUUGCGCGGGUCUUCCGGGUACGUGCGCCCUUUCCGUUUUUUAAAUACUUUUCAUGUGUAGAUUCUGCAUAAACUACCACUUUACGCGUAAUUCACGGCAGACGACAGAUAAUCGAUGCACGCGACGCUUAUAAUGACUAUCCUAUGCGUCUCGUCCUGCUUUUCUUCUCUCCUUCUCUCCGGCCUCUCGAACUGUAUUUAAGAAAACCGAUCGUUUAAUAAGCGAUAAUUUAUAAUUAUCGUUCUAUAUACGGUGUUACUUUUCCGAAGGAAGCUUGAUCAAUAUCGGAAACUCGGAGAAUAUCAUUGCUUAAUUUCAUUUCGUUCUCACACAUCGACCGUUUUUUCAUACAUAUACAUGGUGUCGCAAUCUGACCGCAUCAUCCGUUUAUGGAGACUCCUAAGGUUAUUUGAAAUUUGUAACUAAUUCUUAAAUUAAAAUU